AAGCCAAAGAGCGAAAGGUUUUCUUACUUGUAUUAUUGGCACAGAAAUAUGUUUUCAAAGAUUCAAGUUUUAUUCCUCCAAAUUUUAGGGCUUUGGUUGUUGGGUCGUUUCCUUCAUUGUCAUGGCUUGGCUCGCUACACUUUUGUGGUAAAAGAAGCUCCAUACACAAGGCUGUGUACCAACAGCACCAUCUUGACUGUAAAUGGACAGUUCCCUGGUCCAACUCUACAUGUCAACACAGGAGAUACUAUCAUCGUUGAUGUCUAUAACCAGGCCAACUACAACAUCACCAUCCACUGGCAUGGAGUGAAAAUGCCUAGGUAUCCAUGGACAGAUGGUCCUGAAUAUAUCGCACAAUGUCCAAUUCAACCAGGCAGCAACUUCAGCCAAAAGAUCAUAUUUUCCGACGAAGAAGGAACUCUUUGGUGGCAUUCUCAUAGCGAUUGGUCUCGUGCUACUCUUUAUGGUGCCAUCGUAAUUUCACCCAAGAAUGGAACUAAUUAUCCCUUCCCGACACCUGACGAAGAUGUUCCCAUCAUUUUAGGAGAAUGGUGGAAGAGUGACAUAAUGGAGGUUUAUGAAGAAUUUCUACAAUCAGGAGGAGACCCUAAUACUUCUGAUUCUUAUACCAUUAAUGGUCAACCUGGUGCUCUUCAACCCUGCUCAGCUUCAGAUGCAUUUAAGCUAAUGGUGGACUAUGGCAAGACCUACCUUCUACGCCUAAUCAAUGCCGCCCUUCAAGAAAUUCUUUUCUUCGCUAUCCGAGACCAUGAGCUCACCGUCGUUGGCAUCGAUGGUGCCUACACAAAGCCAUACAAAGUCGAUGUGAUCGCGAUUUCACCUGGACAAACCAUUAAUGUUUUAUUAGAAGCCAACCAAGCUUUAGACCACUAUUACAUGGCUGCAAAAGUUUUCUCAAGUGUUGAUAGUGAAGAUUUGGAUUCCGUAAACACUACUGCAAUCAUUCAAUACAAUGGAAACUACACACCAUCUUCAAACACUUCCUUACCUUAUCUUCCUAGCUAUAACGACACCAACGCACUGGUCAAUUUCACGAAAAACCUUACGAGUUUAGCCGAUAAUAAUCACCCGAUUUCGGUCCCAUUAAACAUAACUAAACGAAUGCUUUUCACGCUCUCUAUGAACAGAGUUCCUUGCGAAAAUGACUCAUGCUCGGGGCCUCAAGGAGGGAGACUUGCUGCUAGUGUUAACAACAUUAGCUUUGUUUUCCCUGAGACGAACAUAUUAGAAGCUUAUUACAACAACAUUAGUGGUGUAUAUGGUGAUAACUUUCCUAGUUAUCCACCUACGAUAUUCAAUUAUACGGGGGACGACAUUCCGGAGGCAUAUAAAAUACCAUGGAAUACAACUGAAGUGAAAGUUUUGGAGUAUAAUUCAGAAGUGGAGCUAGUUUUUCAAGGGACAAACUUGGUCGGUGGUGGUGAUCACCCAAUGCACUUACAUGGUUAUAGCUUUUACGUGGUUGGAUCGGGAUUUGGGAAUUUUGACAACGAAACAGACCCUUUAGGGUUUAAUCUGGUUGAUCCUCCACUGCAAAACACAAUCGCAGUCCCUAAGAAUACCUGGGCUGCCAUAAGAUUCAAGGCAAAUAAUCCUGGAGUGUGGCUCAUGCACUGCCAUCUAGAGCGUCACAUGUCAUGGGGCAUGGAUAUGGCAUUCAUUGUGAAAGAUGGCGAAGGCUCUGAUCAAAAAAUGCUUCCACCACCAUCUGAUAUGCCACCAUGUUAAACUGACUUUAGGGUUCCGUCAAGGGAAAUUGUGGUGUGGUGUUUUUUAAUUCUGGAAUUGUUUUAAGGAUGGAUUGAGUGAUUUCAUUGUCUGGGUUCAAAGGGUUGGAAGUUAAGAGUCAGUUGUAUUGUUCGCAGUUGUACGCUUAGCCCCUGCAAUAAAGUCAAGUGCCUUAAAUUUUA